UCACAGUGAGUCGAUGACAUAGUAGUGCUUUAGACGUCGCGCGACUGAUCAUUUCCAGCGACAACAACAAUAGUAUUUCAUUUUGGAAUUAUGUACUUGGCUGCGGUGUUCGCGUGCGUGGCCAUCGUGCUAUCCGGAAACGCUCGGGCGAGAAGCGUCGACGAACGGAUUAACGUGUCCGUCUACUACGAGUCGCAUUGUCCCGACAGCAGAGACUUUAUAGUAAAGGAACUGUUCCCUAACUUCUGCAAAGUCCAACAGUACUUGAAUUUAAAUUUGGUGCCCUUCGGCAAAGCUUACAGCACAGACGACGGUGACUUCAGAUGCCAACACGGAGAAAAAGAAUGCCGCGGUAACACAAUACACAACUGCGCGUUGAAACGCAUUCAAGACCCUAUUGCUCGAGUGGGCUAUGUAAAUUGUGCUAUGCGCAAUCCGGAUCAGCCCGGCCAGAUAGAUGUGACGUGCGUUAAGAAAUUCGGACUCGACGUUGACGACGUACAACGUUGUUACACGUCUCAAGAGGGCUACGACUUGAUGUUGAUAGCCGAAUCGGCAACUUUAGAAAACACUUCUGCAGAAAGGACAGGACCUAAGUUUGUGCCGACCAUAGUGUUCGAGGGCGUUUACAGCGACAGAGACCAGGUGGCGGCUUUCGAGGACUUUGAGAGAACCAUUUGUGCGAAAUUGUCGGCUCGGGGCAAGCAAAACGUUUGCUCGAAUGGAUCGAUUGUCAACCGCACCACCUGUUCGUGAAGACCGCACACAAUUUUAUUCGACUAACAUAAUCCGUACUUACUUUAAAAAAUAAACGUUUACGAAUUUCUCGACUAUAA